GAUUAGUCGUCGAUGAUAAUGCUUGCAGUCUAAGCGUUUGAAACGUCUGUUCAGGUACGCUUCCAGAGUAUUACUUGACGUACUCAAAUUUUUUAAUUAAAAGCGCGCCAAUUGCCAAGCUAUUUAAGCCUCUCCGGUGCGCGCCAUUUUCCCAAGCACACACACCAUCUGCCCUGCCAACAUGGCACCUCCUUUGUCCCUCGUCUUCCUCGUCCUCGCCGCCGUUUCGCUCUCGGCCUCGGCUGCCGCGGCGGUGUUGCCCAGAGGAGCCGUCCCGGCCAAGUCCGGCUACCUCCCCAUCCCGUCGGCGAAUGCUUCGCUCUACUUCGCCUUCUACGAGGCCACCGAGCCGGUGACCCCGCCGGCCGCCACGCCGCUUCUCGUCUGGCUGGAGGGCGGCCCCGGCUGCUCCGGCCUCCUCAGCAAUUUCCUUCAGAUCGGCCCUUACCUAUUCGCCGGCGGCUCGAACGGCUCCGGCGGCGGCUCGCUGUCGCCUAACCCCUUCGCGUGGAAUCGCCGGUUUGGCCUUGUCUUCAUUGACAGCCCGCUCGGCACCGGCUUCAGCGUCGCGCCUUCCCCCGCCGCCAUCCCCACCAACCAGUCCGUCGUCGCCGAGCACGUCCUCGCCGCGCUCCAGUCCUUCUUUGCGCUAGAACCCAGCUUCCGUGCCCGCCCGCUGUACCUCACCGGCGAGAGCUACGCCGGCAAGACCAUCCCGGCCGCCGGGUCGCUGAUACUAGCCACGAACCGGAGGUCGCCGGAGCCGGAGAGGAGGAUCAACCUCCGCGGCGUGGCGAUCGGCAACGGGAUGACGCACCCGGUGGCGCAGGUGACGGCGCACGCGGACAUCGCCUACUUCAUGGGGCUGAUCAACGGGAAGCAGAAGCGCGAGGCGGAGGCGAUGCAGGCGAAGGCGGUGGAGCUGGUGAAGGCGGAGAGGUGGAGCGAGGCGUACCUGGCGCGGGAGGGGCUCCUCGGGUGGAUGGAGAACGCCUCCGGGGUGGCGUCCCUGUUCGACGUCGAGGAGAAGCGGUCGAUGCUAGAGGUGGCGGCGGCCCUGGUGCCGCUGCUGAACGGCGACGAGGUGAAGGCGGCGCUGGGAGCGCGGGGCGACGUGGAGUGGAAGAUGUGCAGCGCGGCGGUGGGGACGGCGCAGCGGGAGGACGUGAUGAAGAGCGUGAAGCCGGCGGUGGAGGCGCUGCUGCAGCGUGGGACGCGCGUGCUGCUGUACGGCGGCGUCCGCGACGUCAGGAACGGGCCGGUGUGCACGGCGGCGUGGCUGCGGGAGCUGGAGUGGGACGGCCUCGCCGCGUUCCACGGCGCCGGCCGCGCCGUGUGGCGGACCCGGGACGGCGGCCGCGGCUCGUCGCUCGCCGGGGCCGUCCAGAGCCACGGCGCGCUCGCCGACGUCGCCGUGUAUGGGGCUGGCCACUUCGUGCCGUUCGCGCAGGGGCUCGCGUCGCGGGAGAUGAUCGAGGACUGGGUGUUCGGCGACGGGUUGUUCGCCUCCGGUGGCGGGAACCAUUGAUGCUCCCGUUGUCAUGCCUGCCACGGCCAUGUAUACAGUAUUGUAGCCUGUAUAGAUCAUUUCAACACCUAUGAAUAUGAUAUACUCAAGUAUAAUUUUGGAUCAACAGGGCUGGACUCUACGGGGAAGAUUGUUUGGUUUUUUUAAAGCUUACCGUCAU